AUGGAUCAUAAUUCAAAAAGGGUGGUCAAAGCAAGAGGAGGCUCUAAACAGCGAAGCCAGGCUAAAAAUGAAGAAGGCAAAGGAGAUUAUGCAACUAUAUCAGCAAAUUCAUCCAAUUCCCAAAAUGCUGCACUUCAGAGAUUAAAUCAACUUCAAAGACAAGAGAAGAAAGAUUGGAAGGGGAUCAGAUGAGAAUGUGUUGGGAGACCUGGAACAUGAACCAUUUUGAACAAAAAGAGAUAUUUCCCACAGACUGAACUCCAAAAGGAAAAUGACAGACAAAAUAAAAUGCUUCAAUCUAUUUUUAAGAAGCUUCAAGAACUUGGAUCAAAAAGAAAGAAGAACGAUGGUGCAAGAAACAGGACCAUAAGUCCUAUAUCAACAGCUAACUCAAGUAUGUCCACUGCUGGGACAACUGGGGCUAAGUUGGUAAAAGCUGAGACCGGAGGAUAUGGUGCUUCUAAAUAUUCAAAAUCCCCAUCUAUAAAGCCGUAUCAGGAGCUAUUGGCAUUCAAGCCUAUUAAGGAGCACCAAGUUGUAAGUGGACCUCUUUCGUCCCAUCUUUACUCAAGAGGAAUGUGAAGUGAUUACACUGAGCUUUCAUAUAAACUUCUGAAGUGUGAAUCGAGACUAGUGAGGUCUACACUUGAAUCAAUGGGAUUCAACUAUACUGAAUCUCAUGAUUGGAAUAUUUUAUGGAUAGCUUGUCCUCCAAAACCUUAUCUCUUCGAUGGACUGAAUGAGUAUCAGAAGGUAAAUCAUUUCCCUUCAAGCUAUGAACUCACUAGAAAGGAUAAGCUUUGCAUGAAUGUACUUAAAAUGCAAGAAAGAUUUGGAAAGAAAGAUUACUACAUUGCUCCUGACACUUAUUGAUUACCCGAUGAGUUUGCUGAUUUCUAUGAGGAUUACAAUAAGAUGAGAACUAAUGAAGGCAGAAAGCCCCUCUGGGUGGUUAAGCCAAACGCAUCUUGCCAAGGGAAAGGAAUUUAUUUGAUCGACGAUGUCAAUGAAAUCAAUCUCGAUGACUCAUGAAUUAUUAGUAAAUACAUACCGAAUCCUCUUUUGAUUAACGGUCAUAAAUUUGAUUUGAGAAUUUAUGUACUGGUGACUUCAUGGGAUCCUUUGAGGGUGUAUGUUUACAAAGAAGGUCUGACAAGAUUUGCAUCUGAAGAGUUUUCUACUUCAACCAACAAGAAGAGUAGGUUUAUUCAUCUCACAAAUUAUUCCCUCAAUAAGAAAAAUUCAAAUUGGAAAACUAAUGAAGAAUCUGAUAGAGAUGAUUUUGGAUUCAAAUGGUCUAUCACUGCCCUCUGUAAGCACCUUGAGCAAAUUGGGAUUGACAUGGAUCUCCUUUGGUCCAAAGUUUAUGAUGUAAUCAUUAAGGCUCUCUUAUGAGGCGAACAUCCUAUCUUAAAUUCAAUGAAGAGGAAUCUAUCUUUCAGAACAAACUGUUUCGAACUGUUUGGGUUUGAUAUAUUAUUUGAUUCAGACUUGAAGCCUUGGCUGAUCGAAAUCAAUCUUUCUCCUUCUUUAUCAGCAGACUCACCUUUAGACUUUAAGAUAAAGACAAACCUGAUUGCAGAUACUCUAAACUUAGUUGGUCUAAUGAAAUUUGACCGCAAAAGAGAAAGUAUGAAUAAGAUGAAGAACCGGAUUAAAGGAAUUUAUAAAGGAAGACCAGGUUAUACUGCUAAGACAGGGGGUAGCAAUCUUAGAGGAUUAUUUACUGAUGACGAAGAAGGAGGAAUAAAAUUAUGAGCAAUUCCAAAGGAAUUAGCGAAACUUAUAAAUGAUCUUGACUGCAGCCCAGAGCUUAAAGACCUGAUAAAUAGAUACGCAGGACUUAAAAACAAAGAAUUGAUUAGAGAAAUAGUCAAUGAAUAUGAAAGAAGAGGAAACUUUGUGAGAAUUUUCCCUGCUCCUGGAUCAGAUGAGUACAUUAGAUUCUUGCAACAUCAAAAGACCAUCAAUAAAUAUUUGUACAAAGUUCUCUUUAGUGGAAACUUGAUCUCUAAAGAAGAGAGUCCAAAUCCUCCAGAGUAUACUCUCAACUAUGAUGUACCAAAACUCUCUUCUUAUCAACAAGUGAGAGAAGAGAGCAAGAAGGUGCCUCUCACUAAAGCAGGGAUCAGCGAAGCUAGCACCUCAGAUGAAUCAAACAAGCUGCCUAAAAUUAUGAAGAAGAAGCAAGAGAAUAAUAAAGUUGUGAUCACUGAGGACGAUGUUCUGAUUGAAUAUGUUUCCCGCUUAAUCGAAAAGUGUACUCCAACUCUCACUCUAACGGCUGCUCAAUCUUGACAACUAGAGAAUUUCAUUUCUCACUAUGUAUGGCACAAGACCUUCCCAAAGGAUGCCUCAGUGAAGGCUCGGCUCGAAUGCAGAUUUAGUGAGAUGAUUACAAGAAGAAAAGAUUUGCUGAAAAAUGUUCUUAAGAAAGAAUUACUUGUGAAAGAUCUUAGGAACAAACAAGGGAUCAAGUCUAUUAGUAUUCUGGUAGAUGAAAGAGAGAAGCUGAAAGCAGGGCUAUUGAAAAAGUUUAGUGUUAAGAAUUUGGAGGAGAUGUUGAAUAGUGGAGCUAAAGGAGAUAAGAAGAGGCCAACAGGCAAAAAUGUAGCAAGAGAAGUGAUUGCUACAUUAGUACCAGAAGGAAAGGAAGGAAUCAUUACUUUGCUAGAGAAAGGUGAAGAUAAUGCUGUGCAGGAAUACACAAUUUCAGAUAUUCAGCAAGCUAAAGAGAUGUCAUCAGAAAUACAAAAAGUAAUAACCCACAACAAGCCCACCUCCACUCUCUCCUCCCAACCCCCCUACAAAUUCACCUCCCUAUGCAAACUUCCCAGAUCAAACAGUUCAAAACCCUCUACCAAAACCCUCAACAAAUUACCUUAACUCUUCUAAGUUUCAAAC